CCGGGGCCGCCUGGGAAGGGAUGCGGGCGAGACCGCGCCCGCCGCGCCCCUCGGCUCCGGGCGCCGCGCAGCUGGGCUGAGGCUGCUCGGGGUCGGGGACGGUGAUGCUCGGCUGCACGUCCUGGCGCGGCCGCCCGGCCCGGUGAGCGCUGCGAGGUGCACUCGGCCUCUGAGUUGUUCUUUCUCCAUGACCUUUGCUGCCCGUGACCAGUAGCUUCCACUUGCUCCUCCAAAAAACGCUCCUUCCUAUCGGGGUCCAGCCCUGCCCUCUGCCUGUCACCAGCUAGGCCCCGUGGCCACAGCGGCACUGAAACCUCUCACUCGUCCAAAAAUAAUUUUCAGAAAGCAGAUUCCUGUCUAUGCUACACAUGCAAGGACAAAUUAAUAUAUAUUACUUUAGUUCUUCCUAAAGAGAGGAAGAGAAGGAGAAUGAACUUGGAUGAUAGAAAAUGUUGAACAUUUCAUAAAGCCCUAGAGAUCCAGCUGAACAUGCGUCUCUAAAAUGCCAGGUCAACACAGCAGGAAUCUGUGGAUCGCCUCACCCCGUGCUCCAUCCCCAGAUCAUGAAGAUCGCAGGGGACCGUGUCUUCUGGAUGCUGCUUGUCCUGCUCCCGCUGGCAGCCCGGGCUGCGGACCAUGCGGAGGUGGCGAGGCACGUGAUCAAGCUGCACCGGGGAAGGGGCGCAGCCCUCGCCCAGAGGAAGCAGUGGGUGCUGGACGGCUGCAGGAAGCUCUCGGGGCUGCUUCGUCAGAAGAACGUGGUUCUGAACAAACUGAAAAGUGCCAUCAGAGUGGUGGAAAAAGAUGUUGGCCUGUCUAAGGAAGAGAAACUGUUCCAGGUGCACACAUUUGAAAUUUUCCAGAAGGAACUGAAUGAAAGUGAAAAUUCCGUUUUCCAGGCUAUCCACGGCCUGCAGAGGGCCCUGCAGGGAGAUUACAAGGAUGUUGUGAACAUGAAGGAGAGCAGCCGGCAGCGACUGGAGGCCCUGCGAGAGGCAGCCAUAAAGGAAGAAACAGAAUAUGUGGAACUUCUGGCAGCAGAAAAACAUCAAGCUGAAGCUCUUAAAAAUAUGCAACAUCAAAACAAAAGUUUAUCCAUCCUCGAUGAGAUUCUUGAAGAUGUACGGAAGGCGGCAGACCGUUUAGAGGAGGAGAUAGAAGAGCAUGCCUUCGACGACAACAAAUCGGUGAAAGGGGUCAACGUGGAGGCUGUGCUGAGGGUGGAGGAGGAAGAGGCGGGCGCCAAGCGCAACGUGACGCGAGGAGAGGGCGAGGGUGGCCUGGGGCUCAGCAUGCUGAUCGACUCCCAGAACAACCAGUACAUCCUGACCAAGCCCAGAGACGCCACCAUCCCGCGUGCGGACCCGCACUUCAUAAAGGACAUCGUGACCAUAGGAAUGCUGUCUUUGCCUUGCGGCUGGCUGUGCACAGCCAUCGGCCUGCCCACCAUGUUCGGUUACAUCAUGUGCGGUGUGCUGCUGGGACCCUCAGGGCUGAACAGUAUCAAGUCUAUUGUACAAGUGGAGACAUUAGGAGAAUUUGGGGUGUUUUUUACUCUUUUUCUUGUUGGCUUAGAAUUUUCUCCAGAAAAGCUGAGAAAGGUGUGGAAGAUUUCCUUGCAAGGGCCGUGCUGCAUGACCCUGUUAAUGGUCGCGUUUGGCUUGCUAUGGGGGCACCUGUUACAGAUCCGACCCACACAGAGCGUCUUUAUUUCCACCUGCCUGUCCUUGUCCAGCACACCCUUGGUGUCCCGCUUCCUCGCGGGCAGUGCCCGGGGGGAUAAAGAAGGCGACAUUGACUACAGCACGGUGCUGCUGGGGAUGCUGGUGAUGCAGGACGUGCAGCUGGGGCUGUUCAUAGCCGUCCUGCCAACUCUCAUCCAGGCAGGGGCCGGCGCCUCCACCAGCGUGGCCGUGGCCGUCCUGCGCGUGCUGGUGCUGGCCGGCCGCACGCUGCUGUCGCUGGCCGCCGUCCUGCUGCUGUGUCUCGCCAUGAAGACCUUCCUCGUGGGCCCGUACUACCGCAGGCUGCACGCGGAGAGCAAAGGGGGCAAGGAGAUCCUCAUCCUGGGGAUGUCUGCCCUCGUCUUCCUGAUGUUGACGUGGCGAAAGCCUUUGGAACACUGGCUGGUGUUUGCAGUUCCGCACAGUCACCGGGCUGCCCGCCACACACGGCACAGCCAGCUCCGCCCGCUGGUCUGUUCGACUCGUGCCCUUAAGCCCUUUGCUGACGUGUUACCUGUGUGUGCUGCAUUAGACACACGUCUGCGGCCAUAAACCCAUCCUUUGCUAACGUGUUACCUGUGUGUGCUGCAUUAGACACACGUCUGCGGCCAUAAACCCGUAUAAACACCAACGUCAAGCCAUGUUACUGUGUUUUAAACUUUCAAAGAGCUUUGCAACUAAAAUAUAAGAUUACGUUUUGAAAAUAACUUUCAGUUGUUUGAUGAUAACCAGCCCGUUGUCGGUGCGCACCUGGCUUGGAGGGGCUCACUGCGGGCAGCAGCUGCUCCGGCGGGAGGGCAGGCUGUUCACGGGAGCAGGAAAUGCCCCGGACGCCCAGGAGCGGUCGAAGUGGUGACCUCGCCAUGCACUUUGUCACACAGCCCAGCAGCUGCCCUCCUGGACGUUUAUCCCAGAGGAAUGAACUCACUUCACACCUUUAUUAGUAUCAGCCAGAAACGGUCUCAGUACCCUCCAGUGGGUGAAGGUCAAUCCUUGCGCCCUGCACUAUGGGAUGGGACGCCCCUCUCAGUGAAACCACACGGCGCCCGGUGGUCUCAGACGGGCACCCUCGUGGUCUCGGACGGGCACCUUGGUGGUCUCGGAUGGGCACCCUCGUGGUCUCGGACGGGCACCUUGGUGGUCUCGGACGGGCGCCCCGGUGGUCUCGGACGGGCGCCCCGGUGGUCUCGGACGAGGCUGCGGCCCGUGGGGCUCCGUUCGUGACAUGGUGGAAUUCAGAAGCUGAGGGCCAGUGAGUGGUGGCCGGGAGACGGAGGGCGGGGUGGGGACGUGUGCUGUGUCCUCACGCUGUCCCUGCCGGGUCCUGGCUGCGGCUCCGCCUGUCAGUGGUGGGUUGUCUCCCUCGGGGAAGUGAAGUCAAGGGCUCAGGAGGGUCCCGAGUUGUGUCUUGAAACUGCACCUGGAUGGAUAAUUAUCUCAAAAAGUUUCAAUUAAAGAAGUAAAUUAAAAAUUA